AUGGAAAUGCAUUACAUGUCGGAUUAUUCCUACUCUCAAAUGGAUCGUCGUCCCAACAAGCGUCCUAGAUUAGCCUGGGACCUACCUCACGCCCCAAAGGCCCAAUCAGGAAUAUAUUAUGGGCAAGAGGUUGGCAAUGUAUCAAGCUUUGGGCAUUCAAGGGUAUCCUCAGACCAUGGUAAUCUUUAUGUAAAGGGAGGAGGUGCUCAAAGAGGAUCUCCCCCGUGGCGAGAAGAUGACAAAGAUGGACAUUACAUUUUUGAGCUUGGAGAGAAUUUAACUACUCGCUAUAAGAUUCUAAGGAAAAUUGGAGAAGGUACCUUUGGUCAGGUUCUGGAAUGUUGGGAUAGGGAAGCAAAAGAAAUGGUUGCCAUAAAAAUAGUCCGGAGCAUAAAGAAAUAUCGUGAAGCUGCAAUGAUUGAAAUUGAUGUGCUUCAGUUGCUUGGGCGAUAUGAUAGGAAUGGCAGCCGUUGUGUACAAUUACGGAACUGGUUUGACUAUCGUAACCAUGUUUGUUUAGUGUUUGAGAAGCUUGGACCAAGCUUAUUCGAUUUUCUACGGAAAAACAGUUACAGCUCAUUCCCCGUUGAUCUAGUCCGUGAGAUUGGGAGACAACUUUUGGAAUGUGUAGCAUUUAUGCAUGACAUGCGUCUCAUUCAUACUGACUUGAAGCCUGAGAACAUACUGUUUGUCUCUCCUGAAUACAUCAAAGUGCCUGAUUACAAGCAUUUGCAGGCUGCUCCCUGGACUCAAAGAGGAGGAGCUUUGUUCAAGAGGCUGCCAAAGUCAAGUGCUAUUAAGGUCAUUGACUUUGGUAGCACUGCAUAUGAGCGCCAAGAUCAUAAUUAUAUCGUCUCCACUAGACACUAUAGAGCUCCAGAGGUUAUUCUUGGACUCGGCUGGAGUUAUCCUUGUGAUAUGUGGAGUGCUGGUUGUAUCUUGGUGGAGUUGUGCUCGGGCGAAGCUUUGUUUCAAACCCAUGAGAACUUGGAGCACCUUGCCAUGAUGGAGAGAGUAUUGGGUCCACUACCACAGCACAUGCUAAAAAGAGUGGACCGGAAUGCUGAAAAAUUUGUUAGGAGGAGUAGACUGGACUGGCCAGAAGGUGCAACUUCGAGGGAAAGUAUUAAGGCAGUGAUGAAAGUACCACGUCUUCAGAAUUUGGUAAUGCAACAUGUGGAUCAUUCCGCUGGGGAUCUCAUUGACCUUUUGCAAGGGCUCCUAAAGUUCGACCCUUCAGAAAGGUUAACGGCGCGUGAAGCUCUGAGGCACCCCUUUUUCACCAGAGACCACUACAGGAGAUCUUGA